ACCAUCUAUUGCGGGCCUCCACCCAAUCCCGGCAUCGUAAAGUUCUGCUGCGGAAGAGGGGAUGCUAAGGAGAUGGCUCAACUUAGAUAGCCCUGUGUUUUUCCAAUAAUAUUUUCGCCAUGGAUGCACUUUGGAGGAAAUCUAGAAGCAGAGGACGGCUGCUUGUGUUUGCAGCAGUCUUUGUGUGGUAUGCAGGGUCUGUGAGCUGUUUCGGUCAGAGCCAAGACAGCGAGUUUACGUUUCUGUUGCCAGCAGGAAGAUCCGAGUGUUUCUUUCAAAACGCAGUAAAGAACGGUACGAUGGAGGUCGAAUAUCAGGUAAUAGCAGGUGCUGGUAUGGAUGUAGACUUCACAGUAGUCUCCCCUCAGGGCAUCCGGCUCAUAUAUGAGUCACGACGCUCUGAUGGAGUCCACGUGGUGGAGCCCACAGAGGAGGGAGACUAUGAAAUCUGUUUUGACAACAGCUUCAGUCGCUUCUCAGAAAAGAUGGUGUUCUUUGAGAUCAUUAUUGAGGGCCAAGGAGGAGAUGUGGGAGGAGAUGAUGAGUGGGCGGGCUUAGAGGAGCCUGAGGGAAGCCUUCUUGAAUACAAACUGGAAGACAUCAGGGAAUCCAUGGAAUCUCUUUACAAACGCUUGGAGCGCAGCCGACAGAUGCAGACGGUGCUGCGCGCUUUCGAGGCACGGGACCGAAACCUUUUGGAAGAUAACCUGUGGAGAGUCUCGUUCUGGUCGUGUGCCAGCGUGGUGGUGAUGUUGUGCGUGGCUCUUACACAGGUCUACACAGUCCGCAAACUGUUUGAUGAUAAGCGGAGGGUCCGCACAUAGAGGGAUUGUUUUGAAGUAAUACAUGACAGACCGGGAAGAAAAUCAGCUGAGAACAAGGCAUUUGGUUACCCAUUCAAAUUAUUACUAUUCUGUAUUAUUGCUCUUAUAAUCCACAUGGACACAAACAGUCACAAUAAAUUCUGCUGGAGUUGUAUUUAAUUUCUGAGACCUUGUUCCACAUUUCUUUGUGAGCAAUAAGUAACAUUGUUACACCCUUAAGGGUAACCAGAUGAGUAAAGGGUUUAGGAAGUUUAGGUUAGUUAGUCAUCUCUGUCAUUUAGUGCCUUUAACGUCAGAUCUUACCACAAGCCAUCGAGGAAAUGUUGUCCUGUUGUACUGUCCCAUACUUCUGAAACUGUGUAAAGGUUUUGGGAAAUUUUCACCAAAGGUGUCAUUACCUUUGAAGGUCAAUAGUGUGACAACACUUAACAAUUGAUCUG